CGAGGAACCCAAGAUGGGGAACUCCAACUCCGUAGCCAUUUUGGCUCAAGCCAUUGCAGCUCCAUCCAUUUUGGCCUGAUCUGCGCUGUAUCGGGCAAGACACCCUGCCUUGGCACCAGGAGCUUUCCGAACGUCUGCGUGCAGGACGAAUGGCGCCGAAGAAGGAGGCAGCCCCGGUCGAGGCGGUAACUCUGGGACCGACGGCGCGCGAGGGAGAGCAGGUCUUCGCCGUUGCGCACAUAUACGCCUCCUUCAACGACACCUUCGUCCACGUGACGGACCUGUCGGGCCGCGAGACGAUCAGCCGCGUCACCGGGGGCAUGAAGGUGAAGGCGGACCGUGACGAGUCCUCCCCGUACGCCGCCAUGCUCGCCGCGCAGGACGUUGCCGCCCGCUGCAAGGAGAUGGGCAUCACGGCGCUCCACGUCAAGCUGCGCGCCACGGGCGGCACCAAGACGCGCACGCCCGGCCCGGGCGCGCAGGCCGCCUUGCGGGCGCUGGCGCGGUCGGGCAUGCGGAUCGGCCGUAUCGAGGACGUGACGCCCAUCCCCACCGACAGCACCCGCAAGAAGGCGGGCCGCCGCGGUCGCCGCCUGUGAGCGUGCCUCGGCGCCCGGGCGGCGCAGGGGCGGAGAGCGCGCGCGGGGGGGGGCAGGGGCCAGGCGUGCUCUCGUUGGCCAAGGGUCACUCGCGCGCGCGGCCGAGCUCGCUGCGCCGGCGGCUCUCGUCUCGGCCUCGGGAGGCCGCGCCGCGAUCGGGCGCGGCGUCACCCCGCGCGGCUGAUCGUGCCGAAGCACGCUGCCAGCCGUGCGGCGGUGGGCUUCCGAGGCCGCAGUCGGGUCGAUCCCUCGAGGGUGUUGUCGGCUUCGUCUCCCUCCGGAGGGCCUGCCACACCGGGAGGGUCUCGUGCCCAGCACAAGGCCAGGGCGGCUGCGCGCUCGCCGCCCCUCCAGCUCCUCCCUGCUUCCUCCUACGUCUCCUUUGUGCUCCAGUUCCUUGCCCCUUUCCCGCCCCCUCCUCCUCCUCCUCCUCCUCAGCCUCACCCGGCUCAGAAGUCAAAAUUUUGGAAGGCUCGCCUUCGCUUCUGUGGAGGCUCUUGGCGCCGUAUGCCACACUACAGCUGCCUUCACACCGCGAAUUCCUUGACGUGGUAGCGUUCCCCGAGAGGCGUUUCCGCAAUAAGUGCGACGCCGCCUCAUGUGGCUGAUCGUGCCGAAGCAUGAUGCCAGGCAUACAGGUGGGACCUUCGCAGUAUUUAUGCUGGUUCUCGCGCGCCCAUUUGCUCAGCACCUUGCCCAGUCUUUCGGACACGGACGCUCAAAUAGGUGAGUGGCGGUGCAUCGCAUGUUUUGAUUGUUUGAGGCGGUGUGGUCCCGGUUGCAGGCGAGAUUGGCAAGACA